UUUUCUGCAAUUGAUAUUCACACAAAAGUAAGGAAUGAAAGCUCAACGUUCAAUUUGUUGGAAAAGCUUGAAUGUACCGAUAUUCAUCAAUAAAAAUACUCUGCAACGUCUCACAUUGGUGGUGAGAUGGAUCAGAAGGCGAAAAUUCAGCGAAACAAUGAAGAUCAGAAUGGGUGACGGGUGGAGGAUAUUGUUUUUGUUGUUGCAAAAAAAUUGGAUUAUUCGUAAACGACAUUGGCUUGGAACCAUUAUCGAAAUGGCAGCCCCCGCUCUCCUUAUUGCUAUAAUAAUGGGACUCAGAACUUUACUACCGAUCGAAGCUACCGUCGUCAAUCAAAAUACCAUUUUUCCGGUGUUAAACAGAACUUAUUUGGAAAGCAAUUUUUUCCCUCAAUUACUCCGAAUUUUCUAUCUACCGGAUAAUGAAUUCACUAAAAGAGUUAUGACGAACGCCACAAAGUGCCUCGGAAUACCUAAUAACCAACUCUACGGCUUUGACGAUGAACCUGCGAUGUUAGAGAAUUACGAAAGACUCCAAGGCCAAGAUUUGACCAUCGUUGCAUUAGCGGUUGCUUUUCAAGGGACUGACGGAAAAACUGUUCCAAAUAAUUUAGUUUAUACAAUGAAAACUUCGCGGCGAAUAGAAUCGAGAUUAAUUACCGCGGAUUUUCGGAGUCCCAGUACUGCGUCCGACGCUCUCAUAUUAGAAAUACCGUUCGUUGCUUUACAAAUGUGUCUAGACGACUCGUUCAUAUAUGAAGUAGUUCCCAGUUCCGUAAUCGAUGAAAUUCCAACGAGGGUGAUACAAAAAAUGCCAUUCCCACCGUACGAAGUCAACGCAUUCAGCGAACAAUUUUUUCGACGUGCCAUUGGAAAUUGGGCAGCGAUUAUGUUCAUCGUGACAUUAUUUAUGGUACCGUCGUACAUUACGACGGAAAAAGACACGGGAGUAAAUGCCCUCUUAAAAAUGAACGGAGUUAAACCGUAUCAAAAUUUUUCAAGUUGGCUGAUAAGUGGCAUGAUAUUGGGUACUCUAACUGUUGUUUUCAUUACUGUAAUGGUAAAGAUAUACUUUUCACCCCAUCAACUGCCUUUUUAUCACUACAGCAAUAGUUUUGUAUUCUGGCUAGUAAUUUAUUUGAAUUUUAUUCAAACCUACGCCUACUGUCUGCACUUGGCCACUUACUUUACUAAAGCUCGACUUGCUCAGGGAGCGGCAAUCCUGUUGCUUUAUGCCGUACUGCAAAUUGUUAGGCAAGUUGAAAAAAAUGAAUUAUAUUGGAUCCUUCCAUAUAUAGGAUUCAUUUUUCCCAAUGCAGCAGCUAUGAGAAUGUUCGAUGAGUUCAGCAACCAUGAGAACAAACUUACCGGGGCACAGUGGAAUAAUUUGUUCGUAUCUGAGCACGAAGUAUUAGGAUUUGAGGGGACUCUGGGCUUCUUAAUGAUAUCGAGUAUUUGCAGCACAAUUUUCCACUUUACGCUUGCAUUGUACCUCGAAGCUGUAUUACCUGGCAAAUAUUCUGUCCAGAAGUCACCGUUCUUUUUUUUGAAGUGUUUCAGGAAAAAUAAAGUGAACGCCGGUAAUCCCAACGCAGAAAAUACGGAAUCACAUGGACGGGCUAAAAUAUCAGAGCCGGUAGCUCACGGUGCUCUUACUCCCGGGAUACAGAUAAAAAAUUUGAAGAAGAAAUUCGAAAUUGGUUUUUACAAGCCGAAAAUUGUUGAAGCAGUACGAGGUAUUAGUAUCGAGUUUUACAAGGGGCAGAUUACAGUUUUGCUCGGACACAACGGUGCCGGUAAAACUACAACGAUAUCGAUAUUGACGGGUUUGACCGCGCCUUCGUCAGGGACGGUACUCAUCAACGGCAAAGAUGUGGAGGCUGAUAUGCAAGAUAUUAGAAAUGACUUAGGUAUGUGUCCGCAAGAAAAUAUGUUGUUUCAAGACCUCACCGUGGAAGAGCAACUUCAAUUAUUCGCUCUGUUGAAACAGAAGAAAAAAACAAGGCAACAGGUCCUCGAUGACGUUGAUGAUCUACUAGCGAAACUAAAAAUUAGCGAAAAGAGAAAUUUUGUACCAAAGCACCUUUCGGGUGGCCAGAAACGAAGAGUUUGUCUUGGCUUGGCACUCAUUGGCAAUGCAUCGACUCUCAUUUUAGACGAACCAACGUCAGGUAUGGAUCCAGAGACAGCCAGAGUAACGUGGGACAUAAUACUGAAAUACCGGAAACAAAAGACAAUUAUCAUCACGACACAUAGCAUGGAGGAAGCAGAUGUCCUUGGGGAUAGAAUUGCGAUCAUGCACUCGGGACAAAUGAUGUGCUACGGAAGCUCGAUGUUCCUCAAAAAACAUUACGGUGAAAAUCGACAGAAGAUCACUCUCUCGAUAGAAUCGUCGUAUGAUUACGAAAAAAUUCAAUCCAUAGUUGGUAGUGAAGCGAGAAUCGACACGGGCACAUACGGCAGACUCGUAAUAAGCAUUCCGAUGACGAACUCUUUACCCGAAAUUCUGGAUAAAAUGGAAACUAAUAAAACCGAGCUCGGAAUUACCGGUGUGAGCGUAUCAACGAUCACACUCGAAGAAGUAUUCCUCAGGACCGCUCAACAAGAAGAAUACCAAGAAGAAGACGAGGAAGAUGCGAUAAAUCUAACAUCCGUGAAUCGCACAGUUUCCGAUAAGUUCAACGAUCCAGCUGUGUAUGUUAAAUUGAUCGGAUCCCAAUUGACGAAGCAGAUUUUUAUAGCAUUGCUGAUCAAAAAGUUUUGUUACGCGAGAAGAAAUUGGGGUAUAUCGAUGGGAAUCAUUUUUGGAACCUUGAUAGCGAUAAUACUGAUGCCGAUCUUUUCUGUCAGCGUCGUCACUUUGAUAAAUUCACGUCAGCUCAAACUAACUUUGUACGACAAUCCAGAGGCACUGAUCUAUGAUGAAAAUGGUACCUUUGCAGAUGCGUACACAGAUAUAGUGGCAAGUCAAAAGGCUGCAGUUAGUAGGGUGGCAGCUGAUGAAAAUCUCAUCGACGCGUUGCUUGAACGAGCGAAACCGUCAACUUUCGUAUACUACACGAAUAACAUUAUCACCUCCGCGGAAUUUACUACAUUAAACGAAACUGCAGUUGCAAACGGUCUUUACAAUGGCGCUGCUUCUUUGAGCGUUCCAAUAACGGUGAACGCAAUUUCUAACACAUUUUUAAAGACGUAUGCGGGUGAUCAGUACUCGAUCGAUGCGAGUAUAGAAAAUUUACCCGAUUCAUUUAUCGACUACCUUUACGAACAGUUUGACGUUAGGUCGGAAAAUCUAUUGCAAAUGAUGUUAUUCAUUAGCGUUUUCUUUAUCGUUAUCGGAUUAUUUGUAAUUAAUCCUUUGUUGGAGAAUACAACUUCGGUUAAACAACUUCAACGAAUGACUGGUGUCCCUUCCGUACUGUAUUGGGGAACUAUGUUCGUAUUUGAUUACGGAAUAUACAUCGUAGCAACAAUCAUUACGGCUAUCGGAUUUUUCGUAAUGGAUAUAAUCUUUGCGUCGCACACGUACUAUGCUACGGAAAUCGGGAUCCUUGUGCUAUUGCUGUUACUGUUUGGAAUUAGUGCCUUAUUGCUCGCCUACCUAUUCAGUUUCUUACAUUGGCCUCUCUACGUCGUUCUAUUGAUCUACUGCCUCGCGAAUAUGAUAAUAUCUCAAAUUCAGGUGUUCGUAGACCUGGCGGUCGUCUAUAUGGGAACUGAUAAUAUAGGUUUUUCGAUCCAACGAAGAAUAUUUUCUCUUCUACCUCACGUCAGCUUCACUUUUGGAUUUUCCAAAUUUCUGGAAGUUGCAACUAAUAAUGCCAGAUGUAGAACAUUGCCCAGAGGUUUUGCUGCCGUGUCUUGUUUUUUAAAUGACCCAUGUUGCGACAUGGGUUGCGUGGACGGAGUUUGCAGUAAAAGUCUCCCAUAUUUUGGAGAUUUCAGCGAAGAUGCCGGAUUGGAAGAGUUCGUUCUUUACCUAACUGCGAUACCAAUUAUCUUGCUGGUUAUAUUGUUUUUGUUGGAAAAUCGGGCUUACGAGAAACUCGUAUUGAGAUUCAAAUCGCAUAAAGCAACACCAUCCAAUUACGGUGAGGUUGCGGUAGAUAGUGAGGUAGCUAAUGAAAAGCUUGCCGUUCGUCAUGCGAUCAAUCAGCGUGAGUUGAAAAGCAGAGCAGGUGAGGAAAUCCCUAGUUUUGCAGACGAUAAUAUCUUCCUGGGUUAUGAAUUGAGUAAACGUUACGGAAAUAAUCAAGCAGUUAAAGAAGUCAAUUUUAGAGUGAAAAAGAAUGAAUGUUUCGGUUUGCUGGGUGUUAACGGAGCCGGUAAAAGUACCACAUUUCGAAUGCUGGUGGGCGAAGAGGCAGCAAAUACCGGAAUACUUAUUCGUGGGUAUAGCAACAUAAAAGUCAACCGUAAGGAGUACCUGGCAGGAAUAGGCUACUGUCCUCAGAUAAAUGCCCUGAUACCUUCUCUGAAUUCAUACGAACAUUUAUCACUUUUCGCCCGAUUGCGGGGCAUACCGGAAUUUCAAGUAGCGUCAGAAGUCCAAUUGUGGAUUGACAAAUUGCGACUGAACAAACAUGCUGCGAAUGCAAGCGGAAGUUACAGUGGCGGGAACAAAAGACGGCUCAACAUCGCAAUGGCGUUAAUCGCCGAUCCACAAAUGGUUCUUUUGGAUGAACCUACAACAGGGGUGGAUCCAGGUGCCAGACGAUCGUUGUGGCGCGUACUUCAGAGUUGUCAGGCAUCCGGACAAGCUAUUAUCUUGACUUCGCAUAGCAUGGAAGAGUGCGAAGCUCUGUGCAAUCGAUUAUUGAUCAUGGUACAAGGGAGAUUAGUCUGUGUCGGGGCUAGCCAAGAACUCAAACAGCGUUUUGGAGCUGGCUACGACAUCACAGUGAAGUUAAAUCCAGAGAGAUCGGAAGAAGAGAAUUCUAAAAUAAAGAAAAAAAUACAGGCUGCUAUUGCUUGCGAAUUGAGGGAUGAGCAUCCGGGGUAUUUAUUCUAUCACGUGACGGAUCCUCAAACAACAUGGACGAAGAUGUUCAGGACAAUAAACGAUGUGAAAGCAGUACACAGCUGCAUAGAAGAUUAUACCGUUUCUUCAUCAACAUUAGAACAAUUAUUCAUUCAAUUCGCCAGAUCUGCACCAGGUUCCAUUCUUCCGACGACAAGAACUAAUGGAAUAACGAACGGAACGAAUUCUGUGUGAUCACACGAUUAGAUAUAACGCUCCAACCAGGUUUUAGAACUCAUGUUUGAGUUCAUAGCAAAUAAAGUUAUGUCUUCAACGUCAGAUCAAUGUAUUUAUGACAGAAUGAAGAUAGAGAAGAUACGUAAAAAUACCUUUGAAAAUAAUUAUCCAGUUAAAAAUCUCAUUCGAAUCGAUGUUGAAAAGACGUUAAAAGAACUUUCGAACACGCCGAUCAUUCAUUGUAGAUAGAUAAAGAAAUCAAGAAAGCGCGAGCUUUAAAAAAACUUCAGAUAUUAAUCAACUAGAAUAGAAUUGUAUAAAAUAAAAUAUCCUCGUGCGAUAGCACAAUGUACACUCCUUUUUAAAUAUCUGUAAUAUACUAAUCGAUAUGCAGAUCAAAAUGAUUAAACGAUAUUUAUUCAA